AUGCAAGACUGGCAUGGAUCUUGAAUGCUCAAACACGCAAUCUGAGGAUAGACUUCCACAACCAAAAAGGCGAAGAAAAAAAUGCAAAUGAAAAUUUUGAGUGGAGUAAUAGAGACCAUUUUAUAAUGAAUAUGGACUUGAAAAGAAAUG